AUGGCCAGCAGGGUUUAUUUUGACGACAACUAUUUUAAUGUGAGAGAUCUUGAAGAAGAUAACAAUGGUGGUGGAGAGCAGGGAGUUGUGGCCUCCACCUCGGCCACGGUGGUGGGGGCGGUGACCGGCGAGGGCCAUAGAGGUGAAGGAGCCACAGGCCCCGCUGCCAUGUGUGACCUGAAUGACGAUGACAAGGAGGGUGACUGGAGCCAAGAAAGUACCAGCGACUCUGAGAAGACCGAAGACAAUGGCGACCUUGACUUGAACACUAGCGAUCGUGGCAUUUUGGAGCCAGCACCGGAGCCUGAGCAGGAGCAGGAGGAGCAGGAGCAGGAACAGGAGGAGCCAGUUCAGAUUCCUCGGGCUCGCCCUCCUCGCCGGCACCGUCGCAUUCCAUUUCAUUUCACACAGUGGCAGGUGGAGGAAAUGGAAAACCUGUUUGAGGAAACCCAGUACCCUGAUGUACUUACAAGAGGAGAGCUGGCCCGAGCUUUAAAUGUGCCUGAAGUCAAAGUAAAGGUAUGGUUCAUCAACCGCAGGGCCAAAGAGCGGAAGAAUGAGAGACGUGCAAUGUUAAGAAAUAUGCCACCAGGUGUCGAAGAUUUCAUUUUUAUGGCGGAUGUGGAGGAGCCACUUUAG